CGAUGGCAGCACGCGGAGACCGUCGUCGUUCGUACCGCCCCGCUCCCGCCGCCGGCGAGCGGGAUGCUCUUGCCCCAGCCGAGCCGCCCUCGCCCGCCUCGCCGUCCUACCCUCCGCUCUCCCCGCCUCGCCCCUUCUUCAUUGCCUCCCGCUCGGCCCAGGACCGCGGAUCGUACUCUUCGACAGACACGUCCCCCGACACCGGCUCCGAUUCGGACAAGGAGGGCGCAGCCGCCCCCGCCAACACGGCCAUCGCCCGCGCUAGGAACCACCAUCGCAGACGGUCAAGCAUGAACCAGGAUUUGCCCGCGACGCCGACGACGGCCGACCCGUUCAUGACCCCACGCGAACGUGACGCGUCCGCGUGGUCCGCCGCUGAGCUCUACGCCCGCGGUGAGCGCGAGGCUCGCGAUGAACCUCUCGUUUCUCCCAGCAGGGGCGGCAGGGCCCCGCCCAGCGCGUACCCGUUCCCCUUCCAGUCGCACCCUGGCAACCCCGACCCAGGAAUGCACGUCCCGGGAUAUCCAUCCCGUCGCUCAUCCACCGAGUCACUUCGUAUGCGCGCUACCUCGUCCGACGGUGGUCACGGUUCGAUCAUCUCGAACCAGAACUUCAACCCGCUGUCUCCCUCGGCGGCCGCGACGGGAGUCGCAUACCCCUCUGCCAACGGAGCACCGGGAGGGUACGGCCAGCUGCAGCAGAACGCGUCCGAGGCCGACUUGGGCGAUAGCCUCAGCAGGCCGUAUGCGCCGUUCAUGACGGGUCCGCCGAACGGUUCGCCGAGCAACUCGCGUCCGUCUUCCAUCCACUCGGCGUCUGGCAACGGUACGGCGGUGUACCGCAACUCCGCUGCUGCCGCCUUCUCCUCUCCCCAGCUUGCCGAGGGUGGAGGUAGCCUCCCACGCACGGGCAGCGUGCAGACCUUCCGCGCGCCGUUCCUCAGCCCCGCUUCACGCCCGACGUCUUCGUUGUGGGCGCCGCCCUCUUUCCCGUACGCCUCUGGCGGAUUGGGUAUCUCCUCGGGAUCCACCACUGCUUUGGGCCUUGCGCCCGUGAAGGGCCGCGCACCUCUACCUUCGACCCGGCUUCCGCAGAAGCUCACGAAGGAGGAAAAGCCGUGGAUCACGAAGAAGGAGAAGCUCGGUCGCAUCAGUUGGUGGCUCACGUUCCUCAUGCUGGUCGUUGGUGCCGCGCUCGCCGCGUUUAUCUGCUGGCGUGGCUGGAACAGCGUUCAGGUCCUGUCGGACGACGAGCUGUGCAGCCCCUGGGUGGAGAACUUCGAAAGCUUGGACACGGACAACACUUGGACGCGCGACAUCGAGCUCGGCGGGUUCGGUAAUGGCGAAUUCCAGAUGACGACGGGCGACAGCGCCAACAGCUUCAUCAAGAAUGGGCAGCUUUACAUCAAGCCUACGCUCACGAGCGCCGAAAUCGGGACGGACGCCAUCUUCGACGGAACGGACUACACGCUUGACGGCUGCACGAGCUCGAACCAGUCCGCUUGCGAGGUGACGAGCGACAAGGACUCGAAAACGGUCAUCAACCCCGUGAAGUCGGCCCGGAUGAGCACGAUCAACAGCCACAGUAUCAAGUACGGCAAGGUUGAGGUGCGGGCCAAGUUGCCGCGUGGUGACUGGCUGUGGCCCGCCAUCUGGAUGUUGCCCAAGGACACGUCGAUCUACGGCGCCUGGCCUCUGAGCGGCGAGAUCGACAUCAUGGAAGCACGCGGGAACGACGCGUCGUACGGCUCGCAGGGCGACAACUUCGUGCGCUCGACGCUUAACUACGGCGUGACGAACUCGACGACGGCACGUUUGUUCGGGUGGCAGGAGCUCAAGCGGACAUCGUUCGCGGCCGACUUCCACACGUACACGCUCGAAUGGACGCCAGACUUCAUGCGCAUGAGCGUUGACAGCAAGCUGAAGAAGAUGCUCCAGUUCGGGACGUCCACGAAGUCGUACUUCGACAUUGGAAACUUCCCCAAGACGGCGCAAGACGGCGCCAAUGUCGUUGCCAUCACGAACCCGUGGAAGGACGGCGCGAAGAGCGCUCCGUUUGACCAGGAGUUCUACCUCAUCCUUGACCUCGCCGUUGGCGGCACGAGCGGCUGGUUCCCCGACGGUGUCGGCGGCAAAAUGUGGAUCGACGGCUCCUCGACGGCGAUGCACGACUUUGCAGCGGCACAGAGCACGUGGAGCAAGCAGUGGCCGAGCAACGAGGACGACCUCUCGUUCCGGAUCGACUCGGUGAAGAUGUGGAAGCUCAAGAGCCAGGGAUGUUAGUAGAGGAGACGACGCUUCCUGAGGGGCGAGGUUCGGAAACGGCGGAUACCCCCGGUCAUCACUCACGAGCCACCGCCGACCGCAUACAUUACAAGCCCAAUGUUUAUAACGCCCGCCACGAACGCACGCGCGACCGCCAUCUUGUCUGUAUCAUCACCCUGCCUCGGUCCUAGACGCGGUCGUCGCUUCGCACUGCCAUACACGCAUUUUCGUUCUCAUCUUCCUCGUCCCGUCGGUUUCGCUCGGUUCAGUUGUUACUUGCCCGUCGGCAUCGCCAAGGAGUCCGCUACCGCGGACUACGGACAUCAUAAUAGUAUCGUAUACCAUCCACACCACAAAACUGACGCUAGCGCUUGAUGCCGCAGCCAACACAUACGUCUCGAUCCGCAUAUAUGUUUUACUGUCUCUACUGUCUGUCUCUACGUGUGCUCCACUCCCCUCGACUGCUCCCGCUGCCCAUCGCGUAGACUUUCCUUUUUGCAUGCUUGCUAGUAGUACCUUAUUAAAC